AUUUUUACGCGCGGACACCGGACACCGGGCUGGGGCGGCGGCGGCGGCGGCCGAGGCGGGGCUGGGCCGGGCGUCGGGGCCACACGUCCGUCCGCGGGUCGCUGGGGCUGCGCGCGCCAUGGAGCCGUGCGGCUGCUGCGAGCGCCUGGUGCUCAACGUGGCCGGGCUGCGCUUCGAGACGCGGGCGCGCACGCUCGGCCGCUUCCCGGACACGCUGCUCGGGGACCCCGCGCGCCGCGGCCGCUUCUACGACGUGGCGCGCCGUGAGUACUUCUUCGACCGGCACCGGCCCAGCUUCGACGCUGUGCUCUAUUACUACCAGUCGGGCGGGCGGCUACGGCGGCCGGCGCACGUGCCGCUCGACGUGUUCCUGGAGGAAGUGACCUUCUACGGGCUGGGCGCCGCGGCGCUGGCGCGCCUGCGCGAGGACGAGGGCAUCGCCGCGCCGCCCGAGCGGCCCCUGCCCCGCCACGCCUUCGCGCGCCAGCUCUGGCUGCUCUUCGAGUUCCCCGAGAGCUCGCAGGCCGCGCGCGUGCUGGCCGUCGUCUCGGUGCUCGUCAUCCUCGUCUCCAUCGUCGUCUUCUGCCUGGAGACCCUGCCCGACUUCCGCGAUGACCGCGAUGAUCCGGUGCCCGCUCCAGGCCCGCUCUCCACUCGGCUGAAUGGCUCCAGCCCAGUGCCUGGACCCUCGCCCCGCACACCCUUCGAUGAUCCGUUCUUCGUGGUGGAGACGCUGUGCAUCUGUUGGUUCUCCUUCGAGCUCCUAGUGCGUCUGCUAGCCUGCCCCAGCAAGACCGCCUUCUUCAAGAACGUGAUGAACCUGAUCGAUUUUGUUGCCAUCCUUCCCUACUUUGUGGCACUGGGCACCGAGCUGGCCCGGCAGCGAGGGGUGGGCCAGCCGGCCAUGUCACUGGCCAUCCUGCGAGUCAUCCGACUGGUGCGUGUCUUCCGCAUCUUCAAGCUUUCUCGGCACUCGAAGGGCCUGCAGAUCCUGGGCCAGACGCUGCGGGCGUCCAUGCGCGAGCUGGGCCUCCUCAUCUUCUUCCUCUUCAUUGGUGUGGUCCUCUUCUCCAGCGCCGUCUACUUCGCCGAGGUGGACCGAGAGGAUACCUACUUCACCAGCAUCCCCGAGUCCUUCUGGUGGGCGGUGGUCACCAUGACCACGGUGGGCUACGGAGAUAUGGCACCCGUUACCGUGGGUGGCAAGAUCGUGGGUUCUCUGUGCGCCAUUGCCGGCGUGCUGACCAUCUCGCUGCCUGUGCCGGUCAUCGUCUCCAACUUCAGCUACUUUUACCACCGGGAGACAGAUGGCGAAGAAGAAGGGAUGUACAGCCAUGUGGACACACAGCCCUGUGGUGCCCUGGAGGGCAAGGCCAAUGGGGAGUUGAUGGAUGGUGAGGUGCCUGAGCUGCCACCUCCACUCUGGUCCCCCCCUGGAAAACACCUGGUCACUGAAGUGUGAGGGACAGUGGAGGUCUGCCGGACCUCACACCUUCUUAGAGGAAGGGAGGGAAGCAGAGAGGGAAAGACCGGGGAGGGGAGGGGUUUGGGUUUAGGAAGAACUAGGUUAAGUGGUGUUGUGUGAGGGGACACACAUUCUUGGUGGGUCUUGAGUUGUGUGACUUGGUAGUCCUUGUGGGGACCACCUUAAGUGGCAGC